UUUCUUUCACUUUAGCCUCUUCUGCUGUAGUCUUGAAGGGUUGUAGUAUGUCUGGACGUGGUAAGCAGGGCGGCAAAGCUCGCGCCAAAGCCAAGACCCGCUCUUCGCGGGCCGGGCUCCAGUUCCCCGUGGGCCGAGUGCACCGGCUGCUCCGCAAAGGCAACUAUGCCGAGCGGGUCGGGGCCGGGGCCCCGGUGUACCUGGCGGCGGUGCUGGAGUACCUGACGGCCGAGAUCCUGGAGCUGGCGGGCAACGCGGCCCGUGACAACAAGAAGACGCGCAUCAUCCCGCGCCACCUGCAGCUGGCCAUCCGCAACGACGAGGAGCUCAACAAGCUGCUGGGCAAAGUCACCAUCGCUCAGGGCGGUGUCCUGCCCAACAUCCAGGCGGUGCUGCUGCCCAAGAAGACUGAGAGCCACCACAAGGCUAAAGGCAAGUAAGGAAUCAAGAGCCACGCCUUCCAAACCAAAGGCUCUUUUUAGAGCCACCUAC